UUUGUAUUGUUAUUGAAUGCAACACAAGAGGAACAUGGCUGCGCCGUGUGUAGGAAUUGUGGGUCGACCACUGCUACACGUUCUGCCUCGUUUUGGAAGAACAACGGCACGAAUUUGUCACUUUUCGUAUGUCUCUGCUUAUCGAUCGCCUUUAAAGACCAAGGGUGUGAUAGAAAGUAAGAGUUCACCAUGGAAUUUAAUGGCGGCGGUGUGUCUGCAGAGGCUCCCGGUCAUAUCAGCCGAGCACAGCCCGAUAGAGCAGCAGUUCAAGCAAAUGAUGGAGCAGGUGGAACAGGAGAAGAGUCUGCUUUCAGACCACGAGAUUCGGCUCUUAGAGGAUGCAGAGAGGGUCAUUCGUAGGCAGGCAGAUGACUAUGACUCUGAUGACGAGGAAAGUGGCGACCAGGAGAUUGUGUUUGGUCAUGAUUUGGAAGACUCCUGGGAGCAGAAUCUUAAGAACUUCCAUCCAGCACAAAGGACAAAAGCCGAUGAAGAUAAGAACAUGUCCUCAGUGCAGCGCUGUCUGGCCGACUCUCUAGUUCUUCUGGCCCAGCAGGAGGUUGGCAGUGAGAAGCUGUGGCUGCUGCCGCAGGCUCAGUGGCAGAAGGGAGAGACAUUGAGACAGACGGCUGAAAGAGCUCUCGCCUCACUCUCAGGUUUAGAUGCAACUUUCCUCAGCAACGCCCCCUGUGGAGUGUACAAGUACAAACUGCCCAAAGCUGCUCGGACGGACACUUCCAUCGGAACCAAGGUGUUUUUCUUCAAAGCCAUUCUGUCUCACAGCGAUGCCUUCGCAGCCCAACACUGUCCUGUAAUGUGGCUGAAGAAAAGUGAACUGCAGGGCUUUCUGAAACCAGCUUACAUGUUGACGGUCGACCGCUUCAUCCUUGACCUGUGAACCCGAAACAGGUUAAGGUCCCAGAAAAAAACUGUGGAUUACUUAUGUGUUGUCUUGUGUCAUUGAGAAUCAAUCAGACAUGUGCUGUACAGUAUGUUUCAUUCUAAAAAUAAA